GGUGCCCUUUAUAUGUUCAGCUGAAACCUAUGUAAGCUGAUUUUUUUAUUUUAUUCUUGUGUCUAUUUUAUAUAUUGUGUAAAGACAAAAUAAAGUGUUAAUUUUUAAUAAGGUACAGAAAACGUGCCUUUGAAACAAGAAAGGCCAUUACAUUUUCAAAAGGCAAACAGCUGCUGUAAGCGUGGUUCUCAAACUUCUGUGAGUACAGAUGACACCAGAUUCAGGCAGAGGUCCAGCCCUUCCCUCACCCCCUCCUCUCCCUCUCCAUUUCUCUCUCUGCCUUGUUUCUCACUGUGCAAAAUUGCACAUAGCUGCUGUUAGCUGUGUGGGUUAUACCAGCCAGGGAUUGAAGCAAAGACAAGCUGCUGACUGAUUUCUUUUUUAGCACUGAGGCAACAACUAAGCCUGGGCACGUUAGAGGUAUAAUACGAUACAAUGGCUUUAGACUGGAUGAAAUGAUGCUUUGUUGAUGAGUAGAAACUACAGGGCUAAACAAGGAUAUUGCCCAUCCUCUUAACACCCUGAAGAAAUCUCUUUCAGGAUCCCAGAUAUCAUGUCUGUUGGCUCACAGGCAGUUCCCCCGGGAGGUCCUAAUGGAAUUCUUAGAAGUCAGUCAUUUGCUGGCUUUAGUGGCAUUCCAGAAAGAAGGUCACGAUGUAAUUCUUUCCUUGGAAACUCUUCCGUACCCAAGAAGCCCCAAGCAAAACAAAAGAAAAUGCACAGUUCAGGUCAUAAAAAUACCAGUACUUCCAAAGAGCCUCAACCGGAAAGGGUAGAAGAAGUAUAUGGAGCCUUAAAAAACGGAUUGGACGAGUAUCUGGAGGGGCACCAAGCAGAGCUAGACAAGUUGACUGCCCAACUAAAAGAUAUGAGGAGAAACUCAAGACUGGGGGUUCUAUAUGACCUUGAUAAGCAAAUCAAGUCAAUUGAAAGAUAUAUACGAAGGCUGGAGUUUCACAUCAGUAAGGUAGAUGAGCUUUAUGAAGCCUACUGCAUCCAGAGGAGACUGCGAGAUGGGGCGUCUAAAAUGAAACAGGCGUUUGCAGUAUCUCCUUCAAGCAAAGCUGCUAGAGAGAGUUUGUCUGAGAUAAACAAGAGUUUCAAAGAAUACACAGAGAACAUGUGUACAAUUGAAUCAGAGAUGGAGAACCUGCUAGGGGAGUUUUACAUCAAAAUGAAAGGUUUAGCCGGCUUUGCCCGACUUUGUCCUGGAGACCAAUAUGAGAUUUUUAUAAGAUAUGGACGUCAGAGGUGGAAAUUAAAAGGCAAAAUAGAAAUCAACAGCAAGCAGAGCUGGGAUGGAGAAGAAAUGUUCUUUCUUCCUCUUAUUAAUGAACUCAUUUCAAUCAAGGUGACAGAACUUAAAGGACUUGCUACACAUAUCCUGGUUGGAAGCGUUACCUGUGAAACAAAGGACUUAUUUGCUGCUAGACCUCAAGCUGUAGCAGUUGACAUUAACGAUCUUGGCACUAUAAAGCUAAACUUGGAAGUAACCUGGUGCCCAUUCGAUACUGAGGAUCUAACGCCAUCUACAGGCAACAUAAAUAAAGCAUCUGCUGUGCAACGCAGGGUCUCUAUCUACAGCCAGGGAACCCCAGAAACCCCUACUUUCAAGGAUCAUUCAUUCUUUCCGAACUUGCAAGAUGACAUUUUUGAUAAUGGUGUGGAAUCUAUUGAGAAGAGAGCUAUUUCCUUAAGUUUUGAUGACUUGCCCAAUGUUGACUGCACUCCACCCAGGUCAGCUGCCUCUUCUUCCUUGGGUUACUCCAAUCCUGAAAUCACAGUCACACCGCCAGAACAUAACCUCAGUGACCUGUCAUCUGAUGAUCCUGUAAUGGACAACUUGAGUGUCAAGUCUUCUGUAGACUCGAGUGCUCAUUCUCAAAAUUCUCAGUCUCAUACAGAACAUAUUAGUGAAAGUGGGGAAACCUUAGCAGGAGACAAGCCAGAUAGCUCUGCUUGCCAAUCCACCAUACCCAGUGGUGAUAAUAUAUUUAUAGAUUCAAAUGUCUCUGUGUCAAUAUUGCAAGAGUCAGAUGAGGCUUCUGAACUCAAGCCUGUAGAGUUAGACACUUGUGAAGGAAACAUUACCAAGCAGCUCGUAAAACGUCUUACUUCAACUGAAAUACCUGCUAACCAAGAGAAGCUGCAAUCGGACUAUACAGACUCUGAAGCUUGUAGGCCAUAUUUAGAUGGAAGCUUAGAAGACUCUUUACAAGGUCUUCUCUUAUCCCUUGAGCCCUGUAAAGACCAAUAUGCAGAAUAUCAGGAAUUGUAUCAUGAAAUUACACACCUAGAAGAUGUUCUAAAAUGCAAACCAGCUGUAAACCGAAGCAGGUCUUCCAGUAUAAGUCUUACUGUUGAGAGUGCUUUAGAAAGCUUUGAUUUCCUGAACACCUCUGACUUUGAUGAUGAGGAUGAUAUUGAUGAUGAUGGUGUUAUGAUUUGUAAUGGUGGAGGUGCAGACUCAGUGUUUUCAGACACUGAGGGAGAGAAGCCCAGUUACAGAGCUGAACACCGAGAAGCCAGAGGGCACCUAAGUGAGGCUUUAACGGAGGAUACAGGGGUUGGUACCAGUGUUGCAAGCAGCCCCCUGCCUCUUACUACCGGAAACGAAAGCCUUGAUAUCACAUUGGUUAGACAUUUACAGUACUGUACUGAGCUGCUUCAGCAAAUUAUAUUGUCAAGUCAUAUAGUAUUUGUACUGAAAGAUUAUCUAAAGAAGUUACAGAAGCAAAGCCAUAUUAUAAAGAAACUGUCUGUAAUCGCUAGAGAAAAUAUGGGGAACAUGAAUUCUGUUCUAGAAGUUAUCCCUGAAUUUCAUGAUAUGCAGCCUCUAUUAUGCUUAUGGAUGAAAAGUUCCGCCCCAGCACACACAUACCAUACAUCUGCUGAAAGGUUACUGAAGCAACUUGAUGUAAGUUUUGGCCAAGCUGUAAAUGAGGAGUGCCCAGGACUUGCAGAAACAGUUUUCAGAACACUGAUUGCUCAGAUUUUGGAUCGUGGAGAAAACACGCUGCCGUCUCACUUAUCUUUAGAAACGGUCACCAUUUUCCAGUACUAUGACUUUUUCACCAGCCAUAAUAUCACAAAUCUUAACACACAUCUGGUGCAACUUGCUAAAGAAGCUUCAGCAGACCAGAUGUUGCAAACAUCAACAGAUACAUUUUUGCUCCACAAAAUGACAGAUAUGGCCACAUCCAGUUUGCCUCCCCGGCAGGAGAUUCUUGCAGCCCUGACUUUACUUUUAAUGGAGAAUGACAAUUACGCAAGUCAAGCACUGACCUUACUCUCUUCAUCUGCAUCCAAAUCAAAUGUGUUCAGAGAAAAGGCUCUGCUGUAUUACUGCGAGGCUUUAUCUCAGCCUAAAAUUAAUUUACAGAAGGCUGCAUGCAUGGCCCUCCGAUGCCUUCAGGCAACAGAAAGCAUUAAGACUCUUGUUACACUUUGCCAGUCUGAGAAUAAGGAGAUAAGGAAAAUUGCAUCUGAAACUCUACUUUCCCUGGGAGAAGAUGGGCGUCUUGCGUAUGAAGAAUUAGACAAAGUUCCCCAGGAAAAUCCCAAUUCAGACGAUCCUCGUGGAGCUGCAUUGGCCACUGCUUUUUAGUUCUCGGCUACAUUUGCAUAGACGUUGACAGUAUUAAAAGUGACAACCAUCAUAUGUCCCACUGCACUAAGACAAUAUAAGGAUGUUCAAAAUAUCUGUUCGGUGUACCAGAGGAAUUAUGGAGUCAUCCAUUUUACCUGGCUUCAGUGCAUAAAAGGGCUUUGCUUCAAGGUUGGCUUAUGCCCACAUUUUGUUUUAAUCAGGCUUUAAGUGGAGUCAAAUAUUUUAUAAAGAAGGCCAGAUAGAGAGCUCUGGGCAUUUGGUGUAUUAAUAUAACAGCAAAAUUCCAAAGAGCAAGACGCGUGGGCUCCUGUUCUCUCCUCAUGGUAAAAUGAUGGGUACUAUUUAUCCUGAGAAUUGUAAUCAUUUGGUUAUAAAACAAGGUGGAAUUAGUUUUUGGGGGGCUGCAGCCUGCAUCUUAUAUAGUUUUAAUCUGUAAAACAGACUAUUCUUCAAGGCACUUUAUGUUUUUUUUUUUUAUUUAUAAGGGGGGGGGUUGGGGGGGUUCAAUGCAAAUUUAGUUUUUUGUUUUCUUUUUUGUAAGUAAACGGGGCUUUUUAAAUAACAACUUUCUUUUGUAAUCUAGUUUUCCAUUUAAGUUAUCAAUGCAGGCUAAACUCAAGUUCAUUAUUUAAUAGGACAGUGCAAACUACUGAAUUUCUUUAACAAACGUAAUGGCACAUUCAUGCUUUAAAUGUACAGGAGGCUCAGAUGGUUGUCAUUACCUAACAAGCAGCAUACUCCGUGCUCUUGCUGAAACAUAGCAGGUUUUCACAACCUAGACCAUGCACAAUAGAGUGUUUUCUAUCCCCUUUAAAACAUGAUGUUUAUUCAGAAAGGGGGUUUCUCAGACAUUCUGACUAUUUAGCCAUGCAAUUUACUGUAGAUAUAAAGGUUUUUGUAUGUUUAAUAUGGUUGUGUUCUCCUCAUUCAUUGUAUAAAGGGAAAUUAGUACUGUUGCUUCUUUAGCAAUGCCAUCUCAACCUAAAGACUCUGCACCAAAAAUAAUUAGUAAAAUAAUGAGCUACUUAAACUGUAAUACGUAUAUAAACUCAAUGAUUCUAUCAACUCAAGAGGUGCUUACUUGUAUGAUGCAGUAGAUUUUGUACUAAGGCCCAAAUACUAUGAGAAGUAUUCCUGCUCAGAACUUUCUAAACUUAAUUGCAGCCAAUGAAUGUCUAUUGCUAAGUAAUAAAAAAAAAAUGUCAAUGACUUUCCAUUUAUACAUAACAAACUGGUUUACAUUAUGUAGUUAAAUUUGCUGAAUAGCUCAGUGCAGUUAACUCUGGAUUAAGAGCUUUCAUUAAACAAACAAAAUGGAUGACAAAAAGAAAUGCAAGUGGAUGAUAUAUGGGCCAACUCCACAUCCUACACUAGUGUUUCUCAAACGCUGUCCUCAUUUACCCCCAACAGGCCAGGUUUUCAUUAUAGCUAAACUAGAGCACAGGUGAACUCCGCUGAUCAGUAACCAUGGUUAGUAACCUGAUCUACUUCAGCUAUAAUGAAAACCUGGCCUUUUAGGGGUACUUAAGGACCGCGGUUGAGAAACACUGUCCUACACCAUAAAUGGAUGUGCAAUAAAGAUAAAUCGACAACUAAUCUUAUUGGAAGGCUCUGUGUUUCAAAUAAUUGAUUUUUCACUAAAUGCUAUUGUGUGAAAGAUCUAAAAAUGUUUUAUAAUUUUUGUUCCCUUACAUAAACCUUUGGAGAAUAAUAUAUUUUUUUAUGUUGGUGCAUUGCUGGGAAACCUUUUUUAAGUGCCAUGACUGUUUAAAUCUAAAUUUUAAAACUGUAAGCAUACGUUUUUAGCUGUGUAAAUAUAACAUUAGGGGUAGUGCUUACGUGCCCAUAGUAAAACACUACUGAUAUAGCACUUCUAAACAAUACCUUGUGAUUCAGAUGUCUCUCCUGAAGCAGUAACAGUUUUAUACUUCCCUAUCCCUUAAUAAGGUUUAAUAGUUUUUAACAACUGUAAAAUUAAAGUGUAUUCAUUGAAUUGCUAUAAUAGUAAAAUUGCUUUGUAUUUUUGUGAAGAUGUUUGAACUCAUUCAGGGAUUUUCUUGUUGUACUAAAGUAAUUUUAUUGUAAAUACAUGUUUUAUGGUUCACUGUUAAUAAAUGGAUGAAAGUGGCUGGGAGUCUGGUGGUACUUAUGCUAUAAAAGUCAGUUUUCUGUGUCAUUAUUUAAAUGUAAACAAUAGGAAACAGGUUUUUAUGCACCUUGACUUAUGAACAGAAAGUUUCAGUGCUUUGAUAUGACUAGAAGUUACUAAAGAGGCAUUGUUAGCAUGAACAAUAUGUACUUUAGAAAUGUACUAAACAAUCUGCUGGCUGGCUUUUAACGUGACUUGUAUAGUACUCAAAGUGGUCCUAAAUUAACAUUUUGUAUUUUUUUUCAAACUUGUUUGCCAAGACUUAAAACAUUAGAUGCUUUGGUAUAAACCAAUAUAUUUUUAUUUGUUAGUA